AUGGCUACAGCGCACAUGGCCGUCAGAACUGAGACCUUCCCGCGUUCGACCUCCAUCUCCCACGGCGAGUCAAUGGGCGCUCGCGUUAUUCCCAUACCUACUCCCACGAUCAAGAUGUCUCCCCCGAGUACCGGCGAUCCCAUGGAGAUAACCUCUCCGGCGCCGUCAUCCGCCAACCAUAACUCCGACUCGGAUGCCAAUGGCAAAUCCAACGACCGACCCAAGAACUCUCCCGCUCCAGAAUCGAACAACGUCUCCAACAACUCCAACAGCAUGCCUGCUCCCCCGCCGGCUGCGGCUGCCGUGCACCAGCCCAAGAUCGUGCAGACUGCCUUUAUCCACAAGCUCUACAACAUGUUGGAGGAUCCAAAUAUUCAGCAUUUGAUAUCAUGGUCUGCAAGCGCAGAGAGCUUCGUCAUGUCGCCCUCUGCCGACUUUUCGAAAGUCCUAUCACAAUAUUUUAAACACACCAACAUUUCAUCGUUCGUACGACAGCUGAAUAUGUACGGUUUUCAUAAGGAGAGGGACGUAUUUCACACUGGUAACCCGGACACAACGCUCUGGGAAUUCAAGCAUGGCAAUGGAAAUUUUAAGCGAGGCGAUCUUGUUGGCCUCCGUGAGAUCAAGCGAAGAGCGAGUCGACACGCCCUUGUUCAUCGAGAGAGCAACUACAGCAAAGCAGCGCCCUCACAACCAGGCACACCAGCAGAGCCUGUUCCUCUUCCGCAAGACGGCCCCGAUGCGCGAAUGCUCAACAUUGAGCAUUCUCUUUACGACCUGAGCGCUCGUCUACAGAGAAGUGAGGAGGCAGCUCACUACAUGCAUGUCAAGAACCAGGCCGCGAUGGAGACAGUGAACCGACUCCUCCACUUCAACCAGGAGCUAUCGAGGACCAUGCUCUCGAUUGUCCCUGCUGAUAGCCCUGUUUCUCGUGAUGUGAUCGCAUUGCAGGGCGAAAUUCAAAGACAGGCUGAUAUGCUCAGAACAAUUGACGAGCCUCCACAGGAGCCCCCAUACGUUGGUCGACAGCAGUACUUCGCGGCUGUGGAGAAUGCCCCAGUAUCUCCCAGACAGCUCGCCCAGGACGAUCAGAGACGAGGCCCCAACCUAGCGGUUCCCCAAGCGCGUGGUCAGAAUUUUUAUCGACCACCUGUUCCCUCCAACCUGUCGGUCAGCACUCGAAGGCCAUAUGGAUCGAUCAGCGGAAGCAGCACCACUCAGUCGUCCCCCCUGCGGACAGUCCCCCCUCCUCCGCCUCCGGCUCCCCAUCCUCUCUCAAACGUCGAAACCGCUCCCGGUCCCGGUAGUCUUGCGCGUCGACAUACCGCCGCCGAUAUCCGUGCCCAUGGCUGGCAGCCGACACCGUCACCCUUUGGCGCCGGCGCUCCGGCAUCCAACUGGCCACCCUCCCCCAGCCGUGUAGCUCCCGAAGACCAGCGCAUCAGGGAUUCACUAUCGACCUAUUCGCUCCAGGCGGCGUCGCAGCCCCAUUCUCAGUCUCGGCCGACAACGCCCCCUGGUCCAUUCGCAAACGGUGGUGGUGCCGCGGCAGAUACGUUCGGAAGCUGGUCAUGGAACUCGGCUGGUCGCGAGAAUAAGAACCUCGCCAUCAAGGACCACUCAGCUCCGCCAACUAGGAGGGGGAGCAUGGCGCACAUCCUGAACCCGAGCGACACAGCCGAGAGGUCAGAUGAGGAUGAAGACCCUCGAGGCGAUGACGACAGAAAGCGAAAACGAAUGCAGUAG